UUAAAAAAAAGUGAAACCAGGCUUACCUGGCACCGGCUUAACAGGGAACCAGUUAAUGCUAACGGCGACCACGUGUGCACCAUCCACUGAACCAUUCAACCAAACAAACCCAGUCUUGCACGAAACAUACUCAACACACUAACCAACUCCCCCUCUUUACUUUCGGCCUAACCACUUUUACCUUAGCCCACUUGAACCCUAACCCACCUUAAUCUCCCCCCCACCCAUGAGCUAUCUUCCCAUGGCAGACGACCACCAACCAGAACCCUACAACGACGACAACCUCGAUGAUGACGUGGACGUCGACGGUGAUGACGACUCCACUUCCUCCCCUUCCCCUUCCGUCGCCGGCGAAGUCACCAUCGCCGUCGCCGGCGUCAACGUCACCACCACUGAUUCUCCUUCUCUAAAACGACCACGUAUCGACGAUUUCUCUGUUCCCAUUGUUCUCCCAGGGACGAAGAAACCCUCCCUUUUUCAACGCCUUUGGACUGACGAAGACGAGGUUGAGCUUUUACAAGGGUUUCUCGACUACACAGCGCAGCGCGGGUUGAACAGUUCCUCUCAGCAACAUCAUUACGAUACGACCGCGUUUUACGACCAGAUCAAGUGCAAAUUCCAGCUAGAUUUCAACAAAAACCAGCUUGUCGAGAAACUCCGUCGCUUAAAGAAGAAAUACAGGACUGUUAUGAGUAAGAUGGGAUCUGGAAAGGAAUUCGUGUUUAAAAGUGCUCAUGAUCAGGUCACUUUUGAGAUCUCUCGUAAGAUCUGGGGUAAUGGAGGUGGUUCUUUUGUUCGCAAUAGUCCUGGUGGAUCUACUGUAUUGGAAUAUGAUGAAGAUGCUACUCACCUUAACCCUAACCAUAACCCUGAUGCUAUUGUUGUUUAUAAUAAUAGCCCAAAGUUUAACCUUAACUCUAACCCUAACCCUAAUGGAAUUGCUGUCAAAACUCCGAGAUCGUCACAAAAAAGGUCUCCACCAGUACCUACAGAACCAGUUAAAGUGGAGUUUCAGCCAUCGGGUGGCCCGAUCCCGACCACAAACUCCACCCCAAUGGCAGCCGCGCCUGUGGCUGGGGCUGCCACGGUGGCUGCUUCAGUGCCUAGUUUGAUUGAGGAGACAGUGAGGAGUUGUGUGUCGCCGAUUUUCAAGGAGUUGUUGAACAAUGUGGCAAAUUUGAAUGGGCCUAGUAGAGGGUUUGGGUUUGGAUUUGGAGGAAUGGGGAUGAGUCCGAUCCCGUUUGGGUUCGGGGGAGGUGGAAUGAACAUGGAAAUGAUGGGGGAUGAGAAAUGGAGGAAGCAACAGAUGUUAGAGCUGGAAGUGUAUUCGAAGAGGUUAGAACUGGUUCAGGAUCAGGUAAAAGCACAGUUGGAGGAGCUCAGAUCCAUGGGAAAUUAAGUGCUGAUGAAAAAAAUUGGAAAAAGGGUGCUUUUUUCAGUGUAUACAUUUUUCAAAUAAUUCUAGCAAAUGAUAAUUUUACCAGGUUGUCGAUGACGAUGCCUGUUUAGGUAUUUAGCUUUUGGUUGCUGAAUAAUGAGUUCUAAUUUGGUUACAGCUGCUUGUUUGCAGAGUUUGUUGCAACAUAGAUGCUUGCUUUGUCUAGUUUUUUGUAUAUAGAAAUGAAAUGAUAGAAGCCAAAUGUUGAGUUUAA